AUGAAAAUCCCCGAUUUAUCCAACUAUGAAAAUCUAAUUGGUGGAUUCUGUGGAGGAGUCACCAGCACAAUCGCCUGUCACCCUCUCGACCUGCUGAAAAUCCGAUUCUCCGGUUAGCUUGCAUCAGUAGAAAACUUAGUGUCUGAUAUCAUUUCAGCUAAUGAAGGAAGUCAUCUCCGUCCCCAAUACACAAGCUACGUCGAUGCAGUCAGGAAAAUUGUUCAAAUUGAAGGAUUCCGAGGGAUUUAUCAGGGAUUGACGCCUAGUCUCGUUGGAGCAUCCGUCUCCUGGGGUCUCUAUUUUCAAUGGUCAGUUUAUCAACAGAUAUCUAAUUCAGUGUCUUCAAAACAAGUGUUCUAGGUACAACAAACUCAGAGUGAAAAUGAACGAAAACUUCUCGACGGGCAAUGAAUUCGUUAACAAUUUGAUCUGUGGAACCAUUUCGGGCUCGGCCAUCAUGUGCAUCACAAAUCCAAUCUGGCUUACGAAAACGAGGUAAUUCAGAAUUAAAUUGAAUCAAAUACGAACGGUAUGAAAGCUUGCAGGUUGUGCCUUCAGUAUGAAAACCAGCAGUCGAAAAAGUACUCGGGAAUGUUGGAUUGCAUGCGGCAGACAGUCCGGCAAGAAGGCUUCUUCAGUCUUUACCGUGGAUUCGUGACAGGGGUCAUCGGCACAACGCACGGCGCCGUUCAGAUUGCUGCGUACAGCUGGAUGAUCGAUAAGAGAUGCGCCGCCCGUGGUCUUCCGAAAGAUUCCUUCCUGGUAAGCUCCCCUCCAUUUAUACCUGAAACGUUCUAAUUUCAGUCCCAAACCGACUACACCGUCGCGUCGGCCACUUCUAAAAUUCUAGCCACCACAAUCACAUUCCCUUACCAAGUUCUUCGGACCAGAAUGCAGGAUCACAACUCCGAUCAUCGAGGAGUGUGGCGGACGACCCUGAAAACUGUUCGGAAGGAGGGAAUCACUGGACUUUGGAAGGGGUGUCUCAUUGCAAACAUUCGUCAACUUCCCGCCGCAAUCGUUAUAUUCCUAACGUAUGAGAACGUUAAGAGAUUGGUUGGAAUGACAAAAGCAGUGUAA